GACGGCUCCAUGACGUGACACAGGGGUUUGGAGAAAACAACCGAUUGCGUCUUCCAAAGCCGACAGACACGCCGACCUCGAGUGACAUCCUCGCGGGCUUGAGGGCACCGCGAGCAGCCGCCGCAGCGAUGGAGGCGGUCCCCCGCAUGCCGAUGAUAUGGCUCGACCUCAAGGAGGCGGGAGACUUCCACUUCAACCCGGCCGUCAGGCAGUUUAUCUUGAAGAACUACGGUGAGAAUCCCGACAACUACAACGAGCAGCUGAAGAAACUGGAGACGCUGCGGCAGAGCGCCGUGAAUGUGACCAGAGACUUUGAGGGAUGCAGCACUUUGAGGAAAUACUUUGGGCAGCUUCAUUACCUUCAGAGUCGUGUUCCCAUGGCAACCGGACAGGAGGCAGCUGUGUCUAUCUCAUGGACUGAGAUCUUCUCUGGUAAAACUGUGAUACAUGACGACAUCAGCUACGAGCAGGCGUGUAUUCUCUACAAUCUUGGGGCACUGCACUCCAUGUUAGGAGCCAUGGACAAUCGUGUGUCUGAAGAGGGCAUGAAGGUGUCGUGCACACACUUUCAGUGCUCAGCUGGAGCGUUCUCCUACCUGAGGGACCAUUUCAGUCACAACUUCAGCGUAGACAUGAGCCACCAGAUUCUCAACCUCAACAUCAACCUCAUGCUGGGUCAGGCUCAGGAGUGUCUUCUGGAGAAAUCCAUGCUGGACAACAGGAAGAGCUACCUGGUGGCUCGCAUCAGUGCUCAGGUGGUGGAUUACUACAAGGAGGCCUGCAGGGCUCUGGAGAACUCUGAGACGGCCUCCAUGCUAGGAAAGAUCCAGAAGGACUGGAAGAAGCUUGUCCAGAUGAAGAUCUACUACUUUGCCGCUAUUGCGCACCUCCACAUGGGUAAACAAGCCGAAGAGCAGCAGAAGUAUGGUGAGCGGCUCGCGUACCUUCAAAGCUCCUUGGAUAAACUGUCUGAAGCCAUCAAGCUGGCCAAGGCUCAGCCCGACAGCGUGCAGGAUGCCCUGAGAUUCACCAUGGAUGUCAUUGGUGGCAAAUUCAACUCUGCUAAGAAGGACAACGACUUCAUCUAUCACGAGUCUGUUCCUUCUCUGGAAACGUUGACAUCUGUCAAAGGCGCACCCCUGGUCAAAGCCCUGCCCGUCAACCCCACGGACCCCAGCGUUACCGGACCAGACCUCUUUGCCAAGCUGGUACCGAUGGCAGCCCACGAAGCCUCCUCCCUCUACAGCGAGGAGAAAGCCAAGCUUCUGAGAGACGUCAUGGCCAAGAUCGAAAGCAAGAACGACACACUGGACCAGUUCAUGGACUCUUUGGGUUUGGAGCCAGAGUCUGUAGACAACUUGGACAUGUACAGCCACAUCCCACCGGUCCUGAUGGAGAAAUGUGCCGCUCUUAGUGUGCGGCCCGACACCGUCAAGAGCCUCAUCCAUUCCAUGCAAGUCCUCUCAGGCGUCUUCACCGACGUGGAGUCAUCCCUGCGAGAGAUCCGAGAUGUUCUGGAGGCAGACGAGGUGGGCGAGCGGGCCCUCCAGGAAACCGGUGCCCCGACUGAGUUCCACCCUGCAGAGCAGGUUCAGCUUCUGACAGAGAUCCGAAGGGACCUGGAGAAAUACAUGGAGGCCCACGAGAAGGCCAGCUUCACCAACACAGAGCUCCACCGGGCCAUGAACCUGCACAUCAGCAACCUGCGUCUGCUGGGCGGACCCCUGGAGAGCCUGAGAGACGCCCUACCCCGACCACAACUCAGUGAAGAGGAAGUGGCUGGGCUGCAAUGCAUGAAGCGCAUCCUGGGGAAGGUUCAAGAAAUGAGGGACCAAAGAGGCACAUUGGAGAAACAACUGCGGGACCUCAUCCACCAGGAUGACAUUACUUCCACCCUGGUCACCACAGAGAGAGCUGACAUAAAGCACGUGUUUGAGGAGCAGCUGAAGAAGUAUGAGCAGGUGAAGGUCUAUAUUGACCAGAACCUGGCAGCCCAGGAGAACAUUUUGAAGGCUCUGACCGAAGCCAACGUUCAGUACGCAUCGGUCCGCAAGGGCCUGAGCCAGACAGAGCAGCAGUGGACCGGCACAGUCCAAGGACUGGUGGGAUCCUACGAGGCCUACGAGGACCUGAUGAAAAAGUCACAGGAGGGCAAGGAGUUCUACGAUGACCUGGAGGCGAAAGCAUCGCGUCUGCUGGAGAAAGUAAAGACAUUGUGUCAGACUCGGAUGGAAGAGAGGAAGCCCAUCCUUGAAAGAGAGAAACUAAAGAAACCUCCAGCGCGACCCACAGCAGCUAAGCCUUCCUUGAAGCCAAGGUCUCAGGAUGAAGACUCCAGUCUGGAAGAUCCAGAGUUAGCCCAAAUUAAUGCCGCUAUCUUAGCCUUAGGAGAAGACCAGCCAGCUGAGCUUCGCAGCCUCCCACCCGACAUUCCUUCUCUUCCCACCUCUGCGGGUCAUCUGCCGGGUCCGGAAGUAUUCCUCCCACCAGGUGCCAACCUGGGCUGCAGUAGCUCAUUGCCUUGGCCUGGUUCUUCAACUGGCGGUCUUCUUCGCUUCCCAGCCAAUCUCCCGCCACCGGAGCUUCUGGCUCGAAUCGCUCAUUUUCCUACAUCUGGCACCCUGCCAGCACCAGGACCUUUGGCAUGUAGACCCAUUCCUCACAUGGUUCCUCAGAUGCCUUCACAACUGCCUACACAGGCAGCUUACAGGCCUCAAGUCCCUCAAGCGGUUCCGGUUUGUCCUACUCCAGCCCGACCAUCAACCACCACGGUGGACAGCAUUCAAGCCCCUAUACCAAGCUACACUCCAACACCUCGCCACCCUGUCCCACCUUCAGUUUCUACUGCCUACACCGGACUCCCACAAAUGGGUGCCUACCCCCAGUUCGUCCCCCAAAUGCCACAGCAGAAGCAGGUGCAACCACAGUACCCACUACCUGUGGGGCAACACCUGGCCCCAGGCUACCAAGCUGGACCCAGAGCCCUUCCUGCCCCUCAACUUCCGUUGCAGGCCUACCCUCAUGGAUACAUGCCUCCGCAGCCUGUCGUCCCUCCACAGUACCCACAAGUUUUCCCUGGUCAUAUGGGACCACAGCAAAAUGGCUACCAGGCUCCGCCUCAGAUACCCCAGGGCUACCAGGCCCCUCAAAACUACACCCCCCAGCAGCACCCUCAGGUGAUGCCAGGCCCGAUACCAAGGCUAUCUCAGGGCCUGAUUCCUCCACAAAAUGCUCCUAUCCAUGUCUCACCAACAUCGCAGAUUGUACCGCCUGUUUCUCAACCUUACGUCCCUCACCAACACCUCCCAAUGCCCUCCAAUGCCCAGCAACUAGUACCACAUCCACAAAUACCAAGUGGCCCUGGAGGGACAAUGCCUCCUACCAGCCAGACAACCCACCCCACACUUCAUCCACAGAUGCCUCCUGCUUCACAGCCUCAUUUGCUUCCUGGGCCUCAGGUCCAUAUUCCAAGGGGUCCUCAGGUCCACAUUCCACCCACCUCCCUUGCCCCACAGCACCACCACGGCCCUGGACAUUCUCCCAUUCCAAACAUGCUUCAGCCGCCCAUGUCCAUACCCAGUCACACCCAGAUUCAAGCCCACCACACUGGGGGUGUUUGCUACCCUGGAGGACCGCCCAUGAUGCCCCAGCAGCCACUGGCACCGCAGCUUGUUGCCCCACAACAGCCUCAGGUCUCCCUUAGCGUCGUCCACUCGCAGCCUUCUAUGUACCCAUCAGCUCCAGGAGCUAAUUUGCCCCCAAGUGCACCACUGAGACCGCCUGCCGUUGGCCCACAUGGUCUACAUCCUCACAUGCCCCCCCAGCACAUGCUCCAACCCUGUCCUGGCGGUCCUCCAGUAGGACCGCCAGGACAGCCAACCCAUCCUCCCUCUCCUUCGCCUGCCCCAUCUACAUCCCCCGUACCUGGCCCCCCGUGUCUGGUUAUGACCCCACAGCAGAGACCCACCGUUGCCACUAACAUGGGUGCUGCAGUUCCACCAACUCUUCAGACUCCCUCGGUCGUUUCUCCUCCUUCCACUUCUCUGUUUGAGCAGCAGAACUCCAGUAACCACGACCUCCUCUCCUCCAGUCCUGAGAGCCAACCGGGGGGCACCAAGUCCCCCACCAAUGUCCUCCAGCCCACCAAAGCAGACCCUCAGGAGGGGGAGCGUCGCAAGAAGGACUCCCAGGGAGUUCUCCUGAUCCAAGGCGAUCCGUAUCAAUCUCCUGAGCUCGUGGCCCGGCUCCACGGUGAACUGGAACAUUUCCGAGCGCAGGCCGAGUCCCUGGAGGAGCCUUCUGAGGGUGAGAGGGGGCUGUCGGUGCUGGAUGCACACUGGAAGGAGCUCCAGGAGCAGCAGGAGAAAGACGCCCGGCAGCUGUCAAUCGCCAUUGCCCGCUGCUACACAAUGAAGAACCGGCAUCAGGACAUCAUGCCCUACGAUCUCAACCGCGUGCUGUUGCAGUCGGGCAAAGACGACUACAUCAACGCCAGCUAUAUCAAAGACUUGUCGCCGUACUGCCCGCAAAUCAUUGCCACGCAGGCACCGCUCACCGGCACCGCCGCCGACUUCUGGUUAAUGGUGUACGAGCAGAAGGUCUCCUUGGUGGUCAUGCUGGUGUCAGAGCAGGAAGUAGAGAAGGGAAAAGUGGUGCGCUACUUCCCAAUGGAACGUGGCCAUCAGCUGUCUCAGGGACCUAUCACGCUCAGCUUGACCACGCACAAGACAACAGCAACCCACGUGGAGCGCAUGAUCAGCCUGCAGUACCGUGAGCAUAGCCUGAAGCGUACCGUGGUCCACCUGCAGUUCACUUCCUGGCCAGAGCUGGGGCUCCCUGACAGCAAGAGCAACCUGCUGCACUUUAUCCAGGAGGUCCACGGACACUACCUGCACCAGAGACCCUUACACACGCCCGUGCUGGUCCACUGCAGCUCUGGUGUGGGUCGCACUGGCGCCUUUUGUCUGCUGUACGCAGCAGUGCAGGAGCUGGAUGCGGGGAAUGGCAUUGCAGACUUGCGAGCUCUGGUCAAGAAGAUGCGGCAGCAGAGGAAGAAUAUGCUACAGGAGAAGCUGCACCUCAAGUUCUGCUACGAGGCUGUGUUAAAGCACGCAGAGCAGGUCCUGCUGCGACACGGCGUCUCCGUGGCAACCGGUGGCAGGAACGCCGCCUCUACCGCCUCCAAGCCAUACUCCCGCCAGGAGUCCCAGCAGGAUCUGGUUUUGGGUGGAGACAUGCCCAUUAGCUCCAUACAGGCCACCAUCGCCAAGCUCAGUGUACGCCCUCCCGGCGACCUGGCCUCAGAGGACCUGGACCUGGACCUGGAUGAUCAGGAUAAUCCGACCCUCUCCUUUUCACCAGCCCUCUACUCACCAGGUGACCCUUGCCUCCUUCAAGAGCCCGUCGUCGACAGCUCUGGCUCACUUAUGUCGCCUCCCGACUGCUCGGGUUCGCCCCCUGCAUGUCUGUCCUUGCCGCCGCCCAACGGCCUAGAUCUGGCAUCACCGCCAUCGGAGACUUCGGCCACCCCGCCGCCGCCCUCCUCUUUAGAGCUGCUGGCCUCACUGGCACCUGAGGCUUUCUCUAUGGAGGGCGGCGGGCGGGGAAAACAGCGGGUGACCAAGCAGAGCUUCCUGCAGCCGGUGGAGGGCCAGGGUCUCCAUGGGUCCAGGGGGGCUGAGAGCACAGACCCCCUCAGCGGUCUGGACCCCCUGUGGAGCCUCAAUAAGUCCUAAAACAAGUUUUAAAAAAAAUAAAACAAUCCCAACAUGCGACUUUGUAAAUAUUUUUAAGUUUCAAUGUUUAAAAAGUAAAUAAAGUGAGUGAG